AUGCUUGAAGGCGCGUGUCGUAGGUGUGCCGAAAGAGAAACUUUUGCAGAGAAAGUGACGACCACUCUUCAGCUGGUGGCUGCGAUCUCGGAUCUCCUCUGCGAGAGCUUCUGCAGCAGCAAAGACAAACCAGAUCUAUGCACUGCCCGGUUGCACAACAUCGAGUUGAAAGCAUCCCCCGGGUUUAAUGUCCAAUUGAACCUCAAGAGUGAAGCUUCGAUGGAGCUUACGACAACCCUUCCGGAGGCCUUUGAACGGCCUCCGGUUUCGACGCCUCCUCAGCGGCCAUGUCACAAGGAGCUGCAGUUUGAUGCACGCUACGGGUGGACGUACGAUACGUUCUUCGACCCUGCUGAGCUCGCUACCUGCGAAGGGCGGGGCAGAUUCGCACUACUCCCAAUUUUGGCGGCAUCGUUCCAGCUCUCGGUGGCCAUGGUGACUCUACUCGAGGAGGCAUCGUGCUCGUACACUGUCCAAGGCGCCAAGUACGCAAGAAAGGCCGCCACAUCCGCAAGGAAGGGCCUUGCUCGACGGGGCCAGCGUCUUGUGUCCCCUCUUCGGCCCAGCCAUGCUGUCCGCGCCGCACCCAAACAGGGCCUUAGGAAGCCCCGAAAGGCCCUGCUGGCGCCUGUUUUAGAAAGCGAGCAAAGGGUGGCACUUCGGGAAAGCUCUCUAGUUUUGGAGGAAGCCCAGGUCGAAAGAGUCCGGGGAACGGAAGAGGUUAUUGGUGCAAGUCAGCUGGAGAGGGAGCCGGAGAGUGAGGCCCGGACUAAUUAUGCGGACGUACGGAGUGCAUCCGAAGUUGUUCUGGCUGGUGGGGAAGCGGAGUCCGAAAGGGUCACUGCCGAAACUGACAAUCCGUUUAGGGCGAUUGAAGUAGAAGCAGCCUCUGUAACCAGGGGGGAGUCUCGGGGCGCCGCAGAAACGAGGGGGAAGAAAGGGGCGUCGCACGCGGUUGACGAUGGGCCGGAUGCGUUGGGGGAGAUUGCAGCAACGGGGGAGCAGUGCUCGGGGGCCUUGCCCGAGCGUAGAGCAGCAGCGGAAGAGAGAGAUCUUACUGGCGAGACUGCUCGAGGGGAACGACGAGAAGCCGAGGCCUCGGGAGGUGCAGACAAGAGUCCGUCGCGGGAGUUGGGGAGUGACGUCAGGGCUCCGUCACAGGCUGGAGAGGCGGACGGAACGAGCCUGAUAGUUGAGACGGCGAGGGGGCCGAAAGACUGGGAGGCUGAGGAUUUUGGGGCCGAGGCGAGGCCAGAGCGGGAAACGGAAUCAUCCUCGAGUAUGCUCGGUAUGAAAAGCGUGUCUUUGUCAGUGCGUGACGUCAGCAAUCAUUAUGCUGGGAAUGCGGACGAGUCGGAUGCGGCUGUAUGUGCACCAGCGGAUGGCAAAGCGAGUUUGGGGGAAGAGCCAAGCGCCUCUUCUCUAAGGGCCGCCGAAAGAGGUGGCAGUUUGCAAGAGGCAGAAAACUGGAGGGAGACGGGAAAAGAGGCCAGACGACCUUUGCGAGAAAACGGAAGAGACGAGUCGAUCGUUCGGUCAACGACGGCGUUGGAAGAAACGGAUCUAGAGACGACUAAGCGCGGCUCUGGUGUAACCAUUUGGCGGGCUACGAAUGAUCUUCCAAAGCGUUCGGAAGGGCCGCUGUAUUUCGCGGAGGCGAAACGCUUCAGGCGGGGCUAUCGAGAGGUUUGGAGUGAGGGACGGAAGAUGUUAGAAGAUGAGAAGAGGCGGUUGGAGUCGCAGUUGGGAAAGCGGAUGAGUGGGAGCAAAGCGUUGCACAGAUUCCUUAGGGAGGAGUUUGGAGAAACGAGGGAGAUGUCGCCGAAUUGUUAAUCUGUUAUGCAUUGUUGACAGUCAAGGCCCCGGUGUGAAAUCGAUGCACAUGAGGCCAGGCUUUCCG